AUGGACACUUUCUCCCAUGUUCCACCGGGUUUCCGGUUUCAUCCUACUGACGAGGAGCUCGUUGAUUAUUACUUGAGGAAGAAGGUGGCAUCAAAGAAGAUUGACCUGGACGUCAUAAAGGACGUUGAUUUGUACAAAAUCGAGCCAUGGGAUCUCCAAGACAAGUGCAAGAUCGGUAUGGAGGAGCAGAACGACUGGUACUUCUUCAGCCACAAGGACAAGAAGUACCCAACGGGCACCCGCACCAACAGGGCGACGAGCGCGGGGUUCUGGAAGGCGACGGGGAGGGACAAACCCAUCUACACCAACAACUGCCUCGUCGGGAUGAGGAAGACGCUCGUCUUCUACAAGGGCCGUGCGCCCAACGGCCAGAAGUCGGACUGGAUCAUGCAUGAGUACCGCCUCGAGACCAACGAGAACGGAGCCACGCCCGUAUGUAAUUAUUCAUCGCUCCAUCCUUACCUGUAUGCAUUUCACUUGCUAACCAUGGAUAUUGCUGGUUUGAUCCUUCAGGAGGAAGGAUGGGUGGUCUGCCGGGUGUUCAAGAAGCGAGUCGCAACGGUGCGGAGGAUGGCAGAUAUGAACUCGCCUUGCUGGUUCGACGACCAUGGCGCUGGCGGUGGGUUCAUGCCGGAUCUCGACUCGCCGAGGCAGCUCGGGUACCAGCACCAGAACUUGGCGGCGUACCACAGCCAGCCGCAGCAGCAGCAGCAUCUGUACCACUGCAAGCCAGAGCUGGAGUACCAUCACCUCCUGCCGCAGGAGGCCUUCAUGCAACAGCUUCCUCUUCUGGAGAGCCCCAAGCCUACAGCCUACAUUGGCCACGGCAGCAGCAGCAGCGUACCAUCGUCAAUCAGCAACCACCCCCUUGCGCACGACGGAGCCUCCAGGUUCGCAGCGCAUCAACCGCCGAUGGACCAUGCACUUUACACCGGUGACUCGUCGGCCACGGACUGGAGGCUCCUCGACAAGUUCGUCGCGUCUCAGCUGUUCAGUCAUGACGGUACCAAUCCCAAGGAGCAGGCCACUCACCCCAAUCCGGCUAUGCAGGUGUUCCAGGUUGAGAACAAGCAUGAUCAGGCCUUGGACUACGCUUCAACGUCUGCCGGCGGCUCCGGCGGAGGCUCGGCUCAUCUGUGGAAAUAG